AUGACAUUGGACAUUUAUCCAGAGCUGCUAGCUCUCCGUGGAUGCUGCUGGCUCUCUUCCCAGACCUACACCCUCAACACCCUGUCCAAGCCCACUCCCACUGUGGGACCAGGGUGCUCUAAGAUAAGCAACUAUUCGUACAAUCGUAGUACCCUAUUUGUUAAAUCUGGCAAUUUACCCAAGGAGCCCGAAACCUCAGAACCUUUUCGAAGGGAGCGGGCGCGAGGGUUUAUGGGAAAUGUAGUGUGCACUUUCUGGCGCGGGCCGCGGGAGCCGCUCCGGGCCUUCUGCGCAUGUGCAUCGCGCUCCGUCGGAAUUUGUUUUUAUCCUCCGACCGGGGCCUCGCGAGGAGACGGCCCGGAGCCCCGGCAGCUACCGGCAGGCGUCCCCGAGCAGGACAUGGGCGUGAGCCCCGGACAGCUGCGGCUGGGGUGGGUCGGGGACCCGGCGCGGUCGGGGGCCCAGAGAUCAGUGUCAUUCAGGGAUGUGACUGUCAGCUUCACCCGGGAGGAGUGGCAGCAUCUGGACCCUGCUCAGAGGAACCUGUACAGGGAUGUGAUGCUGGAGAACUACAGCCACCUCGUCUCGGUGGGGUAUUGCAUCCCUAAACCAGAAGUGAUCCUCAAGUUGGAGAAAGGAGAGGAGCCAUGGAUAUUAGAAGAAGAAUUCCCAAGCCAGAGCUGCCCAGAAUUAAUUAAUUCCAGUAGAAACUAUUCAAGAAAGUCCAAUGAGUUUAACAAAGGUAGAAAAUGGCUCCAUGAUGAUAAACAUGAAAGAAUUCAUUCUGAAGAGAAAUCUUAUGAAUAUAAUAAAAAUGGGAAUGGCUUCUGUCUUAAUGAAUUCCUUGUUCAGCGUCAGAAAAUCCAAAUUUUGGAGCAACCUUUUGAAUACAAUGAAUGUAGGCAAACUUUCUCUGAGAAUUCACUCUUCCUUACAUAUAAGAGAGCUUACAUGGGACAGAAAACCUGCAAAUGUACAGAAUGUGGGAAAACCUUCUGUGAUAUGUCAUCUCUCAUCACUCAUCAGCGAAAUGAAUGUGGAGAAAAUUUCUUAGAGGAAUCCAUUCUCUUUGAACAUCAGAGUGUUUACCCUUUCAGCCAGAAAUCAAAUCUCACUGCAAUGCAGAAAACCCACUCAAUUCACAAUAUAAUUGAAUAUAAUGAAUGUGAAAGCUUUUUCAGUGAAAAGUUAGCCCUUGGUGUACAACGGAUAAAACAUCCAGGAGAAAAAUCCUAUGAAUGUCACGAAUGUGGAAAAACUUUCAACCAGAAGGCAGCCCACACAAGACAUCAGAGAAAACACACAGGGAAGAAAUCCUAUGAAUGUCAGGAAUGUGGAAAAACCUUUUACAAGAAUUCAGACCUCAUUAAACAUCACAGAAUUCACACAGGAGAGAAGCCUUAUAGAUGUCAUGAAUGUGGAAAAUCCUUCAGUGAAAAGUCAACCCUCACUCAACAUUGGAGAACACACACAGGAGAGAAGCCAUAUGAGUGCCAUGAAUGUGGGAAAACCUUCUCAUUUAAGUCAGUCCUUACUGUACAUCAGAAAACACACACAGGAGAGAAGCCCUAUGACUGCCAUGAAUGUGGGAAAGCCUUUCUCAGAAAAUCUGACCUCAUUAAACAUCAAAGAACUCACACAGGGGAAAAACCUUAUGAAUGUACUGAAUGUGGGAAAUCUUUCUCCGAGAAGUCAACACUUACUAAACAUCUAAGAACUCACACGGGUGAGAAACCCUAUGAAUGUAUUCAAUGCGGAAAAUUUUUCUGCUACUACUCAGGUUUCACAGAACACCUGAGAAGACACACAGGGGAGAAACCUUUUGGAUGUAAUGAAUGUGGGAAAACCUUCCGUCAGAAGUCAGCCCUAAUUGUUCAUCAGAGAACUCACAUAAGACAGAAACCCUAUGGAUGUAAUGAAUGUGGAAAAUCAUUCUGUGUGAAGUCAAAACUCAUUGCACAUCAUAGAACACACACAGGGGAGAAACCUUAUGAAUGUAAUGUUUGUGGGAAAUUAUUCCAUGUUAAGUCAAAACUCACUGUACAUCAGAGAAGACACUUGGGGAGAAACCAUAUAAAUAAAUGUAAGUGAGGGCAAUCACUCUUAGUGAAGUCAGAACUUUGUAGAAGGGAGAACACAAUGGGUGAGA